AUGGAGAGCAAUAAACAAUUAGAAGAUGGAGAAGAACCACUACUCAACAACACCACUAGAUCAACUUCUUCUCACAAACCAACUCUUGUUCUCAGUUUCAUCUCCGCCAUGUCUCUCAUUACCGCCAUCACCUUCGCCGCUCUCUUCUUCUCUCUCCCCUCCCCAUCCAAAUCCACCACCCGCCCCCUCCGUAAACUCCCCCAUCCCGUCGUCAUCCUCAUUUCCUCCGACGGCUUCCGUUUCGGCUACCAAUUCAAAACCCUAACCCCAAACAUCCACCGUCUCAUCAACAACGGCACCGAAGCUCAAACUGGCCUCAUUCCCGUUUUUCCAACCCUAACUUUCCCCAAUCAUUACUCCAUCGUCACAGGUCUCUAUCCUCCUCACCAUGGCAUCAUCAACAAUUUCUUCACCGAUCCAAUCACCGGCGAUAAAUUCACCAUGGCAAGUCACGAAUCUAAAUGGUGGUUAGGUCAACCUUUAUGGGAAACCCUCGCUAACAACGGUUUAACCGCCGCUACUUACUUUUGGCCUGGCUCUGAGGUAAUCAAAGGCUCGUGGACUUGUCCUGAUCGUUUUUGUAAACAUUAUAAUGGUUCUGUUAAUUUUGAAGAUAGAGUUGAUUCUGUUUUGGAGUAUUUUGAUUUGCCACUUGAUGAAAUUCCUGUUUUUAUGACUCUUUAUUUUGAGGACCCUGAUCAUCAAGGUCAUCAAGUUGGACCUGAUGAUGAUGAGGUUACUGAUGCUGUUUCUAGGAUUGAUUCUAUUAUUGGGAGGCUCAUUAAUGGGUUGGAACAAAAAGGGUUUUUUGAAGAUGUUACAAUUAUUAUGGUUGGUGAUCAUGGUAUGGUUGGUACUUGUGAUCAAAAGCUUGUUUUUUUAGAUGAUUUAGCCCCUUGGGUUAAGAUUCAACAGAAUUGGGUUCAUUCGUACUCGCCGUUGCUUGCGAUUUGGCCGACGGGUAAUUAUUCGUCGGAAGAUGUUGUGGUUAAGAUUAAUGAAGGAUUGAGCUCAGGGAAAGUUGAAAAUGGGAACAAGUUGAAGGUGUUUUUGAAGGAAGAUUUGCCUCAACGGCUUCAUUAUGCGGAGAGUGAUAGGAUUCCGCCGAUUAUUGGAUUGGUUCAUGAGGGUUAUAAGGUGGAGCAUAGUAGGACGGGGAAGAAAGAGUGUGGUGGUGCUCAUGGUUAUGAUAACGCCUAUUUCUCCAUGAGGACUAUUUUUAUUGGGCAUGGUCCUCAAUUUGAGAGAGGGAAGAAGAUACCUUCCUUUGAGAAUGUUGAGAUUUAUAACUUGAUUACUUCUAUACUCAACAUAAAGGGUGCUCCUAAUAACGGGUCUGAUGCGUUUCCGCAGUCUGUUCUUCUACCAAAUGCUUAA